AUCUGCACCAAAUAUGACUGCGUGCAUGGUUAAAUCUGCGUCCCUGUGUCAAACUGGUUUUGAGGAUGAAGCUGCACAAGCACUUCUAGUACAAGUGUUAAUAUGUAAUCCCCUUCAUGAUUACAACAAAGCUGUAAUGGAGGACAAAAAUUGUAGCUUUGACACUCUUAUUGCUUCAAGAACUUGUGAUAUGCAAAAAGAAGGUGGUUUAUGCAAAAAUCUUGAUAGCUCUAGACAAUGUGUGAAUCAAAUAUUUUCGAAAUGCUCCAAAGAAACUCAAAAAGCCUUCUACGAUGUUUACGACACUUUUAUAAACCUUAUGAGAAAGCAUUGUGCAUACAUAGGAGCUUGAUCAUGUUUUUGAAGUGUAUCGCAUGAUGUAUUUUCUUCAAAAUAUAAAUUGAUUUAACGGAAAUAAAAUAAAAUUUUAGUCAUUCAA